CUUUGUUUGUGUCUUCGUCUCAUAUUCAAGUGUCAACUUGUCGCAAGUCCUCUGCCCUCGUCUUAUACAGCAAUAACGACUAUAAAGACGUCCUUCUUUUUCUUCUCUUCUUGCGACUUCAAAUCCUACUCCAUACAUCUGUUUUCCAUAUCGCUUUCCUGACAGACCCACACUCCACAAUGUCGGGCGACACUCUUCAGCAAGCCUGCCAGAGUUUCAAUACGAACCUGGCCCGUUACCCUAUUAUGGCCGUUGGUCUGCCCUUGAUCGGCGGCUUUCUCUCCGCGGUUCCCUCGCAUCGUCAUGUCCAGAACUACUACGAGACCUUACGGAAGCCAAGCUGGGCUGCUCCCUCUUGCGCCUAUGUUCCCGCGUGGACUGUUCUUUACCUCUCUGUCGGCUAUGCCUCCCACUUGGUUGCUCUUCGCACUGGACCUAACACUAUUCCCUCGAUCCGCGGCAUGGCCAAGACUGGCUUGGGAAUCUAUGGAGUGAACAUGGUUUUGAACUUUGCCUGGUCGCCCCUAAUGUUCUGGAAGAAAAAGAUUGGCGCUGCCCUUCUCACUGCCGGUGGAUUGACUGGCUCGUCUGUUGCUCUUGUCUACUACUUCUUCAAGGUUGACAAGCAUGCUGGAUACCUGACCAUCCCUUAUGUUGCUUGGCUUGGAUAUGCAACCGCUUUGAAUUAUGAUAUCUGGCUCAAGAAUGCUCAAGGCCCUGCUGCUGAUCAUGCCCGCAAGCUGGGCAAGGACGUCAAUGAGGCUGCUAAACAUGCCAAGGGCGAUAUUAAAGAUGCUGCCAAGCACAUGAAGGAGGAGGCCAAGGACGCUGCACGCUCCGUUAACAAGCACACUAAGGAUAAUGUCAACGACGUUGCGGACAAGGUCGACAAAGAGCUCCACUAAGAAGACAUCGUCUGACUCUACAACGCACAUUAGGGGGUUUCCUUUCAGCUGCAGCGCCCGCUUUGUUACUUGUUUUUUUUUUUUGCAAUUCUUAACAAGAGAAUGGUUAUAUGUAUACAAAUCUUUUGGAAUAAAACUAAUGGUAU